UUCCAGCUUUCCGCUUUAGUUGAUUUACGAGCCUGGUACCGAUCGGUUCGCAGUAGAUCUUCGACGUUCGUUCUGGCUGUGCACGAUUUCUAUCCCACAUUUUAGUUCUGAUUUGAAACCGGUUGUGGUGGAAGUGAUCCGUUCAAAAUGAUGCAAAAUCUGCUGAAGACCACUCUGCGCACUGCUGCCCUGUGCCGUAAGAAUCUGGUUCAACCGGCGGCCAAGUUCUCAUCUUCUUCGUUCGGAACAACCCAAGGACCAACCAGCCCGCUGACUUACCUAACCGAAGAUGAACAGAUGAUGAAGGAAACUGUUGCCAAGCUGGCACAGGAGCAGAUCGCCCCACUCGUCAGAAAGAUGGACGAUGAUCACCAAUUUGACCCCAGCGUGGUGCAGGCCAUGUUCGACAAUGGCCUGAUGGGUGUGGAAGUUGGAGAUGAAUACGGUGGCAGUGGGUGCAACUUCAUGACCAUGAUGUUGGUCGUCGAAGAACUUUCCAAGGUGGACCCAGCCGUAGCUGCCUUCGUCGAUAUCCACAACACCUUGGUCAACUCUUUGAUGAUCAAGCUCGGAACGGAAGAACAGAAGAAGAAGUAUCUGCCCAAACUGUGCUCCGAAUACAGUGGUAGCUUUGCCCUGUCCGAACCAUCCGCUGGAUCGGAUGCCUUCUCUCUCAAAACCACUGCCAAGAAGGAUGGAAACCACUACAUCCUAAACGGAAGCAAGAUGUGGAUCUCCAACUCGGAUUUGUCCGGAAUGUUCUUGAUCAUGGCUAACGCCAACCCAUCGGCUGGAUACCGUGGAAUUACCACCUUCAUUGUCGAUCGCGACAUGGAAGGAUUCACCGUGGGCAAGAGAGAAAAUAAGCUCGGUAUCUGCGCUUCAGGAACCUGCCAGCUUCAUUUGGACAACGUCCGCGUUCCAGAGGAGAACAUCCUGGGUGAGUUUGGCAAGGGUUACCAAUAUGCUGCCGGUUUCCUAAACGAAGGUCGCAUCGGUAUCGGUGCCCAGAUGAUUGGUCUUGCCCAGGGAUGCAUGGAUGCUACCAUCCCGUACCUGCUGGAGCGUAAGCAAUUCGGUUCGGACAUCUACUCGUUCCAGAGCAUGCAGCACCAGAUCGCGACCAUCGCCACCGAAAUCGAAGCCGCCCGGCUUCUGGUCUACAAUGCUGCUCGUCUGCAGGAAGCUAAGGUCCCAUUCCUGAAACAGGCCGCUAUGGCUAAGCUGUACGCUUCGGAGGUUGCCCAACGCACCACCGUCAAGUGCAUUGACUGGAUGGGUGGAGUUGGCUUCACCAAGGACUUCCCGCAGGAGAAAUUCUACCGCGACUGUAAGAUUGGUGCCAUUUAUGAAGGAACGAGCAAUAUGCAGCUCAGCACCAUUGCCAAGGUCAUGAAGAAGGAAUACCAGUCCUAAGACUGUAGAAAAUUAAUGCAUUUCAAACGCCGUCUUCCAGUGAGUUACGCAACGCACGGUAUCAUAAAAAAAUCGUGUGUUUCAUAACCCAGCCUCCGCUUCCUCAGCAAACACGCACACAUACAAAAACCGCAAAAAAAGUUUGCUGAUAGGAUGGAUGGCAACUGAUAAAAUACCUACAUACAUUAAGAAAAAACAUAUUACGCAUGCUAAUUCUUUUUUCAACACAGGAGUUCAACGUAUACGUGUCAAGCACCGCGAGAACUUGAGAAUCAAGUAUAAAAAUUGCGAAGCACUCAAGUGCAAAAAAAAAAACGCAAAAUGUUGCAUUUAUUUUCUACUACGAAGGUUAUUAUUAAGGUGUGUAAUUAGAACUCUCUUUUGAAAUUGUGUCUAGUGAUAACGACACACAAGUAGAAAAGUCGACCCACUGGUAUCGUACGAUACCCGAAAAAUAUAUAGGUGUUAAACGAUCUUGAUAAAUGUGAAAUAAAUUUACUGUACUGAUUAAAGGUG